CGGGCCUGAGCCCUACGCCAUGGCCGGGGCCAUCGCUUCCCGCAUGAGCUUCAGCUCUCUCAAAAGGAAGCAGCCCAAGACGUUCACCGUGCGGAUCAUUACCAUGGACGCCGAGAUGGAGUUCAAUUGCGAGAUGAAGUGGAAAGGGAAGGACCUGUUUGAUUUGGUGUGCCGGACUCUGGGGCUCCGGGAAACCUGGUUCUUUGGACUACAGUACACCAUCAAGGAUACUGUGGCCUGGCUCAAGAUGGACAAGAAGGUGCUAGAUCAUGAUGUUUCAAAGGAAGAACCAGUCACGUUUCACUUCCUGGCUAAAUUUUAUCCUGAGAAUGCUGAAGAGGAGUUGGUUCAGGAGAUCACACAACAUUUAUUCUUCUUGCAGGUAAAAAAGCAGAUUUUAGAUGAGAAGAUCUACUGCCCACCUGAGGCUUCUGUGCUCCUGGCUUCUUAUGCUGUCCAGGCCAAGUAUGGUGACUAUGACCCCUCUGUUCACAAGCGGGGAUUUCUGGCCCAAGAAGAAUUGCUUCCAAAAAGGGUAAUAAAUCUGUAUCAAAUGACUCCGGAAAUGUGGGAGGAGAGAAUUACUGCCUGGUAUGCUGAGCACCGAGGUCGAGCCAGGGACGAAGCUGAAAUGGAAUAUUUGAAGAUAGCUCAGGACCUGGAGAUGUAUGGUGUGAACUACUUUGCAAUCCGGAAUAAAAAGGGCACAGAGCUGCUGCUUGGAGUGGAUGCUCUGGGGCUUCAUAUCUAUGACCCUGAGAACAGGCUGACCCCGAAGAUCUCCUUCCCGUGGAAUGAAAUCCGAAAUAUCUCAUACAGUGACAAGGAGUUCACUAUUAAACCGCUAGAUAAGAAAAUUGAUGUCUUCAAAUUUAACUCCUCCAAGCUUCGUGUUAAUAAAUUGAUUCUCCAACUUUGUAUCGGCAACCAUGACCUAUUUAUGAGAAGAAGAAAGGCUGAUUCUUUGGAAGUUCAGCAGAUGAAAGCCCAGGCCAGGGAGGAGAAAGCUAGAAAGCAGAUGGAGCGGCAGCGCCUCGCUCGAGAGAAGCAAAUGAGAGAAGAGGCUGAACGUACAAGGGACGAGUUGGAGAGGAGACUGCUGCAGAUGAAAGAAGAGGCAACAAUGGCCAAUGAAGCACUGAUGCGGUCUGAGGAGACGGCUGACCUGCUGGCUGAAAAGGCUCAGAUCACUGAGGAGGAAGCAAAGCUCCUGGCACAGAAGGCUGCAGAGGCUGAACAGGAAAUGCAGCGCAUCAAGGCCACAGCCAUUCGGACAGAGGAGGAGAAGCGCCUGAUGGAACAGAAAGUGCUGGAGGCUGAGGUGCUGGCGUUGAAGAUGGCUGAAGAGUCAGAGAGGAGAGCCAAGGAGGCAGAUCAGCUGAAGCAGGAUCUGCAGGAAGCCCGUGAGGCUGAACGGAGAGCCAAGCAAAAGCUCCUGGAAAUUGCCACUAAGCCCACGUACCCGCCCAUGAACCCAGUUCCAGCCCCAUUGCCUCCUGACAUACCAAGCUUCAACCUCAUUGGUGACAGCCUGUCGUUUGACUUCAAGGAUACAGACAUGAAGCGGCUUUCCAUGGAGAUAGAGAAAGAAAAAGUGGAGUAUAUGGAGAAGAGCAAGCAUCUGCAAGAGCAGCUCAAUGAACUCAAGACAGAGAUUGAGGCCUUGAAACUGAAAGAGAGGGAGACAGCUCUGGAUAUUCUGCACAAUGAGAACGCUGACAGGGGCGGUGGCAGCAGCAAGCACAAUACCAUUAAAAAGGUACCCUCAAGCCCAAGGCAGAAGACCUAUCUGCAUUUGAGCCCUCAAAGUAGGUUAUUCCCAGGUACUCUGUAUGUGGUGAUGGUACUGCCCUCUGUGAUACUAACCCAUGCAUGAGCUUGCCUGUCUCUGUCCUUGGACCACACUGAGCUCUGCUGAGGGCAGUUGGUACCUGAGUACUGGCCGAAGCAUGCUUUGAGUCUGAGAGUAGGCAUUGUCCAGUGGAGCCAGACCCUCCUCCGGGCCCCAGAAGGCUGCCUUGUACUGAAGAGCAUGUCGUGGGGCUGUAGAACUGAUCAUCCUUCCCAUUUUGUGUCAUUGUUGGUCCAGGGAAGGUCAUGGCUUCUUGUCUGGUCAGAUGUAUCUAAAAGUUCUUUGUGUUGGUGGCGUAUUUCUUAGAUAAAUAACCCUAGCAUGGAAAUGCGGUAAAUCUGGGUGAUUUUAAGACUGAUGUCUUAAAUUCAAAAUCAAGACCUUUCAUGUGGUAAUAACCUCUAAAGACCCAUGGUUACACCUGGUAGUUCCCGAUCAUGGAAUAAAGAGGUUGCUCCUGCUGGCUCAUUUUCCUUUAGAGCUUCCCCUUUCUGUACAUAUCCCUUUUCUUUUCAAGUAAAGCACUUAAAAAGCAUAGAGUUCUGGUAUGUAAGUCAAUCAGAGUGGACUGUCUGAUCCAUCAGUGCCCAGCUGUCUCUGCUUCAGCUUCUUCACAGUCUGGAGUAGAGCUGUGGUCGUAGUGAACUCACAUCGAGCAGGGUAGUCACGGGCACCUAGGAGAUAAGCGGUCAGUGGUGGUUGAAUGAAUUAAUUGAAUGAUUGCUGCUUUUCUUCUGUAACUGUCAUUAUUCUUCUAGCAUAUCUAGGCGGUACAGAGAAUUUAUUUUGCCCCAUAAUAGAAUGUCAUCCUCCUCU